AUGGAAAAUGGAUGCAAGGGGAAAAAAGGUUUCUCUCCCUUUCAAAAAUGCACGACUUCAAUUCGUCAGCUAUCAUACGGCAUGGGCGCAGACAAAUGGGACGAGUAUUGUAGAAUGUCAGAGCAUACCGUGAGGGACUCUGUGUACAAGUUCUGCAAAGCGAUCUGUUUGGUUUACGGGCAACGAUAUUUGCGCAAACCAACUAUCAACGAUAUCCACCAAUUGUAUACGGUACAUGAAGGGAAACAUGAAUUCUCUGGAAUGCUAGGUAGUAUCGAUUGCAUGCAUUGGAGUUGGGCAUUAUGCCCCAACGCAUGGCGUGGUCAGUACAUGAGAGGCGACCACAAAGAGCCGACGAUUAUUCUAGAGGCUAUCACAUCACAUGAUCCUUGGAUAUGGCAUGCAUUCUUUGGUCCAGCUGGUGCAAACAAUGACAUUAACGUGCUAGACCAGUCACCUGUAUUCAACGAUAUCUACCUUGGAAAGUCACACGAUGUACCUUUUCAAGCAAAUGGGGUAGCAUAUAAGCGUGGAUAA